CAGUUUUCUCCUGUUGAAAAAGAGUUCUCCUGUGAAUCUAUUGCUCCAAAGUUAAACUAGCUCUCACAAUGUCUAACGGCAGUUGCAAGCUAUUGGUCAAGAAUGCAAAACAAGUCAUCUUAGUUUGUAAAAAUGGUGAAAAGUAUCUUACCAAAAAUGGCAUGCGGACCCUGGCUAUCAUUGAGAAUGGCAGUUUGGUGAUUGGACAUGAUGGACUCAUUGAUGCAGUUGGACCAGCAGACCUCAUUGAGUCUCAGUUCAAAGGAACAAAAUUUGACAAAGUUCUGGAUGCUUCCGGCUUGUGUGUUCUUCCAGGUCUGGUUGAUGCACAUACACAUCCAGUGUGGGCUGGAGACCGAGUUCAUGAGUUUGCAAUGAAGCUGGCUGGUGCCACAUAUAUGGAGGUGCAUGAAGCAGGAGGUGGGAUCCAUUUUACAGUCUCACAUACUCGCUCAGCAACAGCAGAACAUCUGUUAGAGGGAUUGAAGGGCCGUCUGGAGCGCAUGCUGAGAGCUGGAACCACGCUGGUGGAGUGUAAGAGUGGAUACGGACUUGAGCUUGACACUGAACUGAAGAUGCUGAGAGUGAUCCAUUCAGCGAGGAAGUCACUACCUAUUGGGAUAUCAGCUACAUACUGUGGAGCCCAUGCAGUACCUAAAGGUAAAACUAUGGAAGAAGCCACUCAGGACAUUGUGACAGUGCAGUUGCCUGCAAUAAAAAAGGAAAUUGCUUUAGGUGGACUGCAUGUGGACAACAUUGAUGUAUUCUGUGAGAAAGGUGUGUUCGAUCUAAACUCCACGUGUCAUAUUCUGCAGACUGGCAAAGACAUGGGCCUUAACAUCAACUUUCAUGGUGAUGAACUCCAUCCCAUGAACUCGGCACAUCUUGGGGCAGAGCUUGGCGCUUUAGCCAUCAGCCAUUUAGAAGAGGUGACAGAUGAGGGCAUUGCUGCCAUGGCAACAGCUCAAACAUCAGCUGUCCUGUUGCCCACCACUGCCUACAUUUUGAGGCUUUGUCCUCCACGUGCACGAGAUAUGCUUGAUGCAGGGGUCAUAGUGGCUCUAGGCAGUGACUUCAACCCCAAUGCCUACUGUUGCUCAAUGCCAAUGGUGAUGCACUUGGCCUGUGUGAUGAUGAAGAUGUCAAUGCCAGAAGCUCUGGCCGCAAGCACCAUAAAUGCAGCCUAUGCCCUCAACCGCUCACACACACACGGAUCGCUUGAAAUUGGGAAACAGGGAGACCUUGUGAUCAUCAAUGCAUCACGGUGGGAGCAUCUGAUCUACCAGUUCGGGGGUCAUCAAGAGCUCAUCAGAUAUGUCGUAAUCAAAGGCGAGAUUGUUCAUGAGAAUGACAAAGUCUUAAACAUUUGAGGGCAUGGCACCACAGCCAAACCUUUACAAUAAGUACAUCAACACUACAAGAGAUUGUGAAGUAAAAUGUAAUUUCCAUGGCUAGUAAACAGCAUGAAAUCAUACUGAAUAAUAAAAUGUAAAAACAAAUAUUUUGUUGAUAAUAAAUAAUGAAUAUA